CGGAGAAGCGCGCACCCAUGUUCACUUUACCCACUCUUUUACGCGUUUCUGAUAAAGUUUUCGGCGUGCACCUCUCUGUAUGUUAGCCUAUUGUAUUUUACGCCUUAAUGAAAAGAAGCGGUGCUACAGGAAACUACGGGAGCAGGUGGGUGAGUUGUCCGACGGGACGUCAGGAGUCAUAGCUACAUCACUGACCACAUCAUUCUGAGGCAGUGGAGAAAGGUCAACAGGUACAUGCCCUGAGUGGCGGCUGAGAUGACACACCCCCGCCGGAUCGCCUCGACCAGCCUCCUUUUCUGCACAAGGCUUUUAUUUGCACUUAUGACUAUACACACAGCUUUGGGGGGGGACAAGACAGAAGAGUGCGGAGGUCGAGACUGCAGCGUCUGCCAGUGUUUCCCUCCAAAAGGAGAGCGGGGAAAUCCUGGUAUCUUAGGUCGGCAGGGCCCCAAUGGCCCCCCAGGUUUGCCUGGCACCCCAGGACUUUCCGGCGAGAAGGGUGUACGUGGUAUCAUAGGAUUCCCUGGGGAGUUUGGCUCAAGAGGAGACCAGGGUGUUCAAGGAUAUAGCGGUCAUGCUGGGUUAGAUGGAGUGCCUGGUCAUCCGGGGCCUGGUGGUCUUCCUGGGCUUCCAGGGAAGGAUGGAUGUAAUGGAACCAGAGGGGAACGUGGGCUGGAUGGUGAGAUAGGACGAGAAGGCCUGCCAGGACCCAUGGGACUACCUGGGUUGAAAGGUAUCAAAGGGGACACCUCUUAUAGGAUAACUUACAUUCCUGGAACACCUGGUGUUGUUGGAUCACCAGGAAUACGUGGACCACAAGGAAUUAGAGGGGGUUUUGGUCCACAAGGUCCACCAGGACGAGUAGGACGUGAUGGAAGUAUGGGCAUACGGGGUUUACCAGGUCCGAAAGGCCAACCGGGAGACGCGGGAAGAUCACUGCCUGGACCAAAAGGAGAUGAAGGGGUUCAAGGUCCUCAGGGGGAUCCAGGUCCAUUUGAAUAUGUGGAGCCCAACCCAGAAGACUAUGUAAAAGGCGAUAAGGGGGGAAAGGGACAAAAAGGAAUUUGUGGAAUUCCUGGCCCUUACGGUUCUGAAGGGCCUCCAGCAGAAAAAGGAGAGAAAGGCAUAAUUGGGUUCUCUGGACCCAGAGGCCCUCCUGGAUUUCCGGGCCGAACAGGUUUUCAAGGACCCAAGGGGAAACUUGGGGAAAACGGUCUCCCUGGUCUAUUUGGCAAUCCAGGACCAAAGGGCUUCCCAGGUGACCCCGGUCCUAAAGGAAAGCCACAGUACUAUUAUAACUAUAUGACAGGACCACCUGGAGAUCCUGGGCUCCCCGGUGCCGCCGGGCCACCUGGGGAUAGAGGGAUGAUAGGUAUACCUGGUACCCUUGGUGAUUCAGGAGCAUCUGUAACAGGUGCAAUGGGUGAAUCUGGUUUCCAGGGUCUCAAUGGAUUCAAAGGAGAAAAGGGUGACCCAGGAAAAACAUAUGGGUCACUCUUAAGCUACGGGGAACCUGGAAAACGAGGCCCUCCUGGACGUAAAGGACGACAAGGAAAUCCUGGCAUUCCCGGUUACUACUGCCUUCCUGGAGAACGUGGAGAACCUGGACAGGUUGGAGAGAGAGGGCCUUUUGGAUUACCAGGUGUCCAGGGGAGAAAAGGUCCUGAUGGGGGAUGUGCAUGUGACCCACCUGGUGAUCUACCUGGCGAUCGUGGUCUCCAAGGCCCUCCGGGUGACCCUGGUGAUCCUGGGCGAAAAGGGUACCGGGGUCUCACUGGUGAUAUCGGACUCAUCGGAGAGAUGGGUGUGGGAGGUGUUACUGGUCCCAGAGGCUUCACAGGUGUCCGAGGGAUUAAAGGAGAGAAAGGAGGUGUUAUUGUGUCAUGCACAAAGGGAGCGAAAGGUGACCCGGGAUCUACUGGACCAUGUGGAAAGCCAGGGUGUAAUGGGAUGAAAGGGGCUGAUGGGAAGAUUGGUGCUCCUGGAGAUCCUGGAUCUCUGGGAGAUAAUCUUGUUGGACUGACAGGUGACAGGGGAUGUCAAGGAGCUGUUGGUGUGAAAGGCUGCAGAGGUCCAACUGGUCCUCCUGGACCAUGUAUGAUGGGGUCAAAUGGGCGACGAGGGCAACAAGGGGAUCCUGGACCUCAAGGCCAAACAGGGCCACCUGGUCCUAAAGGAAUUCAAGGUGAUACACUGCCCUGUGGGCCUGGCAUUAUUGGACCCCCUGGUUGCAAAGGAAUGCCUGGAUGUAAAGGUGGGAAAGGUAGGCUUGGAAAUCCAGGAUGCAUAGGAAAAAAUGGACCAGAUGGUCCCAAAGGAGGGAACGGAGACCCUGGCGAUUGUGGGUGUAGCGGACUGAAAGGUCCAGAUGGAUAUUUAGGAGAUCCAGGUGACACUGGCCCCGACGGCAACGGUAUAAGCGGCUCACCUGGCACACCUGGAUUUCGUGGACCCCAGGGUCUGAAAGGGUCUUUUGGAGACAAUGUUAUUGGGGCCCCAGGACCGAUGGGCCCCUUUGGGGUUCAGGGAAGGACGGGCCCUAAAGGUGUACCUGGACCUCCUGGACCAAUUGGAUUGCAAGGUACAUCAGGUGUUCCUGGACUUCCUGGAAGAAAAGGGGAAGAAGGAGAGGAUGGUAAACAAGGGGCACCUGGUUUCCCAGGUGGGAGACCAGAACAAUGUGACAAAGGACAAGCUGGUCCACCUGGCAAGACAGGACCACCAGGCUUUAGUGGACAGAGAGGCACCCCUGGAGAGAAAGGAUCACUUGGGGAGCCGGGACCUGUAGGCUUUGGAGUUAAAGGAGACCCUGGUAAGCCUGGUUUCCCAGGCAUUCAAGGAUAUACAGGCCUUCAGGGACCUUCAGGACUCAAAGGGGACAGUGGAAAUCCUGGAUUUACUGGACCAAAGGGUUUGCCUGGAUUUCCUGGUCAAGAUGGCUGUGCUGGGAACACAGGGCAGACGGGCCCUUUAGGGGCUCUUGGACAAAAAGGCCUUAGGGGUCUGAAUGGAUGUCCAGGUUGCCCAGGGGGGAGUGGAACCAAGGGCCAGAAAGGAUGCAUUGGGCCACCUGGACCUCCAGGAGACAUGAUUUCAGUGCCAGUCAAAGGCCGGGUAGGACCACCUGGACCUCAUGGGGAGAAUGGUUUCAGUGGAGAAAGGGGUAAUAAGGGUGACCCAGGUCCGCCUGGACCACCAGGGUAUCCGGGACUUAAUGGUCCUCCUGGCUUUGAAAGUGGCUUGUGUGGACCGCCAGGCAUUCCUGGGUCUCCCGGUGAGCCUGGCACAAGUGGGCGACCUGGACCGAAGGGAAUUAUGGGAUUCCCAGGGGAAAAUGGUGAUUCAGGUGAUCCUGGAUUGACUGGUAUGGCAGGAACCCCUGGUUUCCCUGGGUUUGAUGGUCCUAAAGGUGACAAAGGCGAGUCUAUUGGUGAGCCAGGACCAACAGGUGAGAGAGGGCCCUAUGGAGAAAAAGGAGUGUCAGCUCCCCCCGGUGACAUAGGAGACCUUGGUGACCCUGGACCACAAGGGCCUUAUGGAAACUGUGGUCCACCUGGACCACCUGGGAACCUUGGCCAUUAUGGACCUCCUGGUGUGGUUGGGCCCCCAGGUCAGUGUGGAAGACAUGGUCCAGAGGGUGUUCUAGGGCCUUCAGGUCCACCAGGCCCUAAAGGAAGCAUGGGAUGCCCUGGCCUUAGAGGAUCUCCAGGGCUCCCAGGACUCCAUGGGCUAGAUGGCCUGAAGGGUGUCAAGGGUGAGAUUGGAUCUCGAGGGCUGGGUUUAAAAGGUGAUAGAGGCAAUCAAGGACUGACUGGAGACAAGGGGGAUCCAGGAGACCCAGGGUUGUAUGGGAUAUCAAAAAAUGGUGAUCAAGGUCCAAAAGGACAACCGGGAUGCCAAGGUGAUUCUGGUCCAAUGGGUCCUCCUGGAUUUCGUGGUGAAGAAUGUAAGAUUCUUAAACCUGGAUCUUUUGGAGGACAGGGUUUCCCUGGGCUAGAUGGACCUCCAGGGCCCAUGGGAGAGAUGGGAAAUCCAGGCAAUGUCUUCGCAGUGAGUGGUGAUUGUGGUGUCCCAGGUGUUCCUGGAUCACCAGGAUGUAAAGGAAAAAAAGGAUGCCCUGGGCCCAACGGCCUGCCAGGGUGUCAGGGCCCAGGAGGUCCAAAAGGUGAAAGAGGGCAAUGUGGGCUUAUGGGCCUUCCCGGACCCUGUGGCCCCAUGGGUGAUUGUGGACCCUCAGGACCCUGUGGUGCAAAAGGAGAGAAAGGGGACACAGGUCUAAAAGGAGAGCCUGGCGAUGUCAGACGUCCUAAUCCUUGUCAUCCUUCUCAGGGCCUUCCUGGUGCUCGUGGUCCAUCUGGCCCAUAUGGUGAAGAUGGAGAAGACGGACCUAAUGGCAGUGAGGGACCGAAAGGUGUGAAGGGACCAAUGGGAGCUGAUGGCUUCCCUGGACCUCCUGGGCCACUAGGACCAGACGGGCCUUCUGGAAACCCUGGAUAUGAAGGCGUAAGAGGACCCACAGGCUCGCAGGGACCCCCGGGACCAGAUGGUGAUCAGGGUCUUCCUGGAAACAAUGAGAUGUUUUCCUCAGGCUUCCUUUUGGUGAUGCACAGCCAGUCUGAGAUUGUGCCAACUUGUCCCCUGGGCCUAACCGUGUUAUGGACCGGCUAUAGCCUGCUAUAUAUGCAGGGUCAGAAGAGAGGACACACACAAGACCUGGGCCAGGCAGGUUCAUGUGUACCCAUGUUCAGCACCAUCCCGUUCUCUUCCUGUGAUAUGCACUCCUGUAAUUACUCCAGCCGCAACGAAAAAUCCUAUUGGCUGUCUACAACCGCCUCGAUUUCUAUGGCGCCUAUAAAAGGAAUGGAAAUUCAGACACACAUCAGCAGGUGUGUGGUGUGUGAUGCUUCAUCGCCAGCCAUUGCAAUACACAGUCAAGACUUGUCUACACCACUUUGUCCACCAAACUGGAGAAGCCUCUGGACCGGAUAUUCAUUCAUUAUGUAUACAGGAUCGGAGAAAGAGGGAGGUGAACAGUCUCUGGCGUCAACAGGAAGCUGCUUGCAGAACUUCCGCAGUCAGCCGUUCGUGGAGUGCCGAGGUCCGGCUGGCACAUGCCAUUAUUUCGCCACCAGCUACAGUUUCUGGCUGACAAAAGUGAACGCGCAGCACUUUAACUCCAAUCCUCAAAGUCCUGUGCAGGAGAACCACGAGAGCGUCAGCAAAUGCAACGUCUGCAUGAUGAAUGAUCCCAACAAUUGAUACAA